CGCGCCUAAAAGCUUGAGCUUUGCAUGUGCUCAGCGCAUCAUAAAUGUAUUACGUCAGGCCUGCGCGGGUUAAGUCGCUGAGCUGACCUUCUCCUUCAAGGAAGAGAGGAAUGGGCCAUUCCAGCAACUCAGCAAGGCCCUCCACCAACAACACAACUCCAAUGGCGUGGAUAUGAUGGGCGCCCGGCGCGGCAAACACUACAGAAUCAAAUCCAACAGUCCCCAGCGGCAUUGCGCGGCGACAUGUCCCUGCCAGGGCUCAUCUCCGUCCGCGUCUUGUCCCAACUUGGCCGAGGCUCAUCCGCUGCCGCCUUGAGCCGAUUUCACCAUGCGGCAAACAUCACUCAUCCUUCAACAGCCGCCCGCGGAAUUCGUCAUUUCUUUCGCGGAAACAGUAGGGCCACGCGCAGCCAGGGCCACCAGACAUGGCCCCAACUAAAGCGGUCGAGGAAAGGCGGCAGUCGGGCCGAGCAAAGAGCCGAUGGCGGCGGAAGAGGAGGCCGAACUGGAGCUAAUGCGCCAUUGAUGGCCAAGAUGGGAAGCGGCGCCGGCGCGGUCGCCCUUGGCACGGCAGCCUUUGUGCAGCUCUCGGAGUAUGAUAACGGGGACGACAACGAAACGGGCGAGGACCGCAUGUUGGCGGCGUCGCGUCGCGAGAUCGCCAAGGAGAUCCACGACGACGACCACGGCCUCUCGCGCCUCGGGCACCAGGUCGUGCUCCUGCUGGACCUCUACGUCUGGGAGCCACUCUGCACCGGCCUCCGCUUCCUGCACCUGGCCGCCAUCUUCGUGCCCGUCAUCCUGGCCGUGCCGGCCGUCUGGGUCGGCCGCCGCGUGCCCGAGCGCGACAACGAGCGGACCGGCACGCUCUGGUGGUACGGGGUCUUGGUCAAGAGCAUGGAGCUGGCCGGGCCGGCCUUCAUCAAGCUGGGCCAGUGGGCAGCCUCACGCUCCGACAUCUUCCCAAACGAGAUGUGCGACACCAUGUCCCGGCUGCACUCCAACGCGCCCGCCCACUCGCUCCACGCCACCAGGCGCAUAGUCGAGGCCGCCUUCAACGGCAUGCCGUUCGACUCCAUCUUUGACGAGUUCGACGAGACCCCGCUCGGCGUCGGCGCUAUCGCCCAGGUCUACCGCGCCAAGCUGAAGCCGGGCCUCGCCUCGCCCGCCGACGUGGACGUGGACGGCGGCGGCGGGUACGGCGGGAGGCGUGGCAUCAACGUCCGUAAGAAGGUCGAGACGGUCCUCAAGAGCACGCCCAAGCGCGUGCCCUCGUCGUACGUGGCCGUCAAGGUGCUGCACCCGCGCGUCGAGCGGACGGUCCGGCGCGACCUGCGCAUCAUGGGCUUCUUCGCUGCUGCCAUCAACGCCAUCCCGACCAUGCACUGGCUCUCGCUGCCCGACGAGGUGGCCCAGUUCGGCGAGAUGAUGCGCCUGCAACUCGACCUGCGCAUCGAGGCCGCCAACCUGACCAUCUUCCGCAACCACUUCCGCGACCGGUCCACGGCCUGGUUCCCCUUCCCCUACCCCGAGUUCACCACCCGCAACGUCCUGAUCGAGGAGUUCGCCACAGGCAUCCCGCUCGCCGACUUUAUGGAGAACGGCGGCGGCGUGUUCCAGCACGACAUCGCCGCUGAGGGCCUCGACGCCUUCCUGCGCAUGCUCCUGAUCGAUAACUUUGUCCACGCCGACCUGCACCCAGGCAACAUCAUGGUGCGCUUCUACCAGGCCGAGAAGCCAGACCUACCCAACCUCCCCAGGCUACCACAUCUCCAGCGCCACGGCCAGCGCGGCGCGCAAGAAGAGGACGGCGAGCAUGACGACCACAACACCCCCGCCGGGCGGCAGCAGCUGGACGUAACGGAGCAGGUCCUCUCCCGGCUCCGGCCCUACCGGCACCGCAAGGACAAGGCCGCGUGGGAGGAGGAGCUCCGACGCAUCGACGAGGAGGGCUUCCGGCCGCAGCUCCUCUUUAUCGACACGGGCCUCGUGACGGAACUCAACGCCACCAACCGCCGCAACUUCCUCGACCUCUUCCGCGCCAUCGCCGAGUUCGACGGCUACAAGGCCGGCGCCCUCAUGUGCGAGCGCUGCCGCCAGCCCGACGCCGUGCUCGACGCCGACAUCUUCGCCCUCAAGAUGCAGCACCUCGUGCUCGAGGUGAAAUCGUCCACCCUCGCGCUCGGCAACGUCCGCAUCGGCGACAUACUGCAGCGCGUCCUGGCCAUGGUGCGCUCCCAUCACGUCCGCAUGGAGGGCGACUUUGUGAACGUGGUCAUCAGCAUCUUCCUGCUCGAGGGCAUCGGCCGCGCCCUCAACCCAGACCUCGACCUGCUCUCGUCGGCCCUGCCCAUCCUGCGCGAGCUCUCGGCCCAGAGCGGCGCCAACAUGGUCAAGCAGGGCGACUUUUCCAUGAUCAUGGUCUGGGUCGGGCUUGAGGCCAGGCGUUUCGUGCAGGCCAGCAUUGAGGAUGUCGAGCGUUGCGUGAAAUACGAUCAAUUAUCACCCAACAUUUAGAGUCUUAGGAGACCUUGACUAGAGCACUGACGACGAGAAGAGCUUGUCAUUUGACCAAAAGAAAACCCCUGCUAGACUUAAGGAAUACUGAGACAAGGUACUUCCGCCCACGUAGGGAUACAAACGGGCCAUAUAAUGUAUAACAGCGAAGGAGUUUGUGGGCGGCUAUACAAUAUUCAGCAAAGGGACAUUGUCGUCUCCGUUGCGGAAUAGAGAAGAGUGCGGAGCACUCGCUAUUUUCGACAACCUCCCAAUCAAUCCUAGAUAUGCUUACACACGUCUUGCGUCCGUCGAGGACACGUACACGAGCAUUGAAUCAACACAGAAAACUCAUCAGCAAAUCCCCAUGCAAUUCUAUCCACCUAGCGUUGCUGAAUCAGAACACAAGCACAAAGUUCCUAG